UGCUGAGGCGGCCUCCGCGGCGCUCGCCGCCCCUCAGCUUUGGCUCCUCCUGAGGCGGGGCGGCCGCCGCCAUGUUUUGCUACUGUGAGGGGCUGCUGGUGGCCUUCUCGACGGUGGUGCUGGCGACGCUGGUGCUGAGCCGGAGCGCCGCGCUGGCUUGCGCUCUGUCGGGCGGCUUCUACCUGGCGCUGCGUCUCUUUAGCCUGGAGCCCGUCGCCGCGCAGCGCGCCCAGCUGGUGGUGCAGCCCCGCGGGAACCCCGCCCGCAUCGCCCACCGUGGCGGCGGCCACGACGCGCCGGAGAACACGCUGGCCGCCAUCCGGCAGGCAGCUGAGAAUGGAGCCACAGGAGUGGAACUGGAUCUUGAAUUCACAGCAGAUGGAGUUCCUAUCCUGAUGCACGAUGAAACGGUGGACAGGACCACUGAUGGCUCUGGUAGUUUACGUCAAUUGACAUUUGCCGACAUUCGACAAUUUAAUCCAGCUGCUAAACAUAGAUUAUGGAGGGAUUAUCGUGGGGAAAAAAUACCAACCCUAAAAGAAGCUGUUAUGGAAAGUUUGCAUCAUGACCUCAUCAUCUACUUUGAUGUCAAGGGACACGCAGAUCAGGCGGUUGCAACCUUGACACAACUCUACCUAGAAUAUCCACGGCUGUACAACACCAGUGUGGUUUGCUCGUUUAUGCCAGAUGUUGUCUAUAAGAUGAAACAAGCUGACAGAAAUGUCAUAACAGCUCUGACCCACCGACCCUGGAGCUUCAGUCACUUCGGGGACGGGAAGCCUCGCUUUACAGUUCUUUGGAAACACUAUUUGUCUAUGGCCCUCGAUGUUAUCAUGGACUGGAGCAUGCACAACUUCCUCUGGCAUUUAUGUGGCGUUUCUGUUUUCCUGAUGCAGAAAAAUUAUGUUUCGCAGGACUACGUAAAUCGUUGGUCCUCUAAAGGGGUACACGUUGUCGCCUGGACCGUCAACACACUUGCCGAAAAAAUGUAUUACGAAAAUGUUCUCCAGACCACCUAUAUAACCGACAGCUUACUAGAGGAUUGCGACCCUCACUACUAGCUUGAUCUUCAACUGCCAAUUGGCUUCCUUAGGCAGACUGGAGUUCAGUGGGACUUUAUGAUUUUAUUUCACGAAGGCUGCAUCACUUCCCUCAGGGGAAGGAAAACGAUUACAUUUCAGGUUGCACCAAAUUCCUUCCCCUUUUUUUUUGCUGGGAUUGAGAUUUCUCACGACUAUCCCUUUUCCUCCAAGAAAGACUCGGCAUUUUUAGUCAAAUAGAUACAUGCAGCUUAAACAGGAAAAAAAAAAAACCCGAUAUGCUACAAGGUAGGCAGAAUUAAGAGGGUUGGGAAAUGAACUUUUUGGAAAACUCAUGAAUGCUCCAUUUUUCCCCUGGACUUUCCCUGGCCUCUGCUGCGCCAGCAGUGGUUGGGCAGUUUCCCAGAAGUAAAUCCUCUAAAUCAGAAAUGGUUUCAAGGCGUUCUGGAGUGGGGGAUCCAAGUUGCUUAACGCAUUGUAAGACGCCAUGAGUCUCCAGAGAAUGGCGGCAUAUAAAUCAAAUUUAAAAAAAAAAAAAAAGUUAUGGCAGCGCUGAAUGAAUGGUGGUUACAACCGAUCCUCGGAGGUCCAGCCAUCAAAGCGUUCCCACAGUCCCACAAAUGCAAUCUGGGUAGUUGGCAACCAGUUUGCCCUUACAGCCAGUUGCAGCGCCCCGCAUUCACAUGAUCACUGUUGCAACCUUCUCUGCCAGCUUCCCCAGAAAGUCAGUGGGGAAACCAGCAGAGAGGAUUGCAAGUUACCGAGAUAGGUUUCCCACGCCUAUGCGCCCUCCCUGCCCCCUUGUGCCACGCCACCCAUUUGUUCACCUUCCCCAACUGGCACUAUACCUCAUCCGCACCCCUUCACAUCCUUACCUCACCAACUCAUAUACCCUUCCUGACCCGUGCUAUGCUUCUCAUGUACCUCAUCACACCUUCCUCCAUGCCAUCAAGACACUCCCCUCCCCCCCUUGCUCCUUUUUUCUCCUUCCCAGCAGCAGCCAUUUACUCCUCUGGGCCUUGUAACUUCCUGCCAGCUUCCCUACUGACUUUGGUUGUGGGAAACCAACAGGAAGUUGCCUUACCUAAUGACCCUGGGAUUCAGUUAACGACGACAAUCAGGAGAGCAGGGAUUGCCAUUGCUAAGCGAUGCGGUGGCACUUUACAGCUGCAUCGCUUAGCGGCAGAAAUUCUGGCCCCAACUGCUGUUGUAAGUCGAGGACUACCUACGGGGUAGUACGGGGAGAAUACUUCCAACUAGUAUGCAAGUAUUUUCUCUCUCCCGCCCAUAAAUUCAAGGGCCAGUUUUGAUAAUGCAGUUAAUCUCUUCAUCAAUACGUAGCAAGGCAAUGUGCAAUAUAUUCUGAUGUGAUCGGGCAUUUAAUGAAAGCUGGGAGUGGGAGCUUUUCACAGCUGCCAGGGCUAGGAUGAUAAAAGUGAGGUGCAUUUAUUGCAGGUUUAAGAGUUAGCUUUCGUUGAAGCUUGCAUUUCUAACUUGAAAGAAACUUUUACAUUGCGUCUGUUCACAGAAACCUGAAACAGUUGUCUGGAUUGCAUUUUUCUUCAGUCAGUCCAGUCUUUUCAGAAUUGAGAUUUGCCCAAAAUCGAAAGAAUGCCAAUUAUUUGUAAGGAUUGUUUCCAUCAAGAUUGAAAGUGUCACUCUGUAAAACAUCACUUGUGUUAAAGAUUACAGCAAUAAAGGUUUUUUAAAACAACGUUUUGGAUCACUGCUGUAAUGGAAACCACUACUAGAAAAAAGGGAAAAACAGGGAUAAAUUAUCUCACGUAUUCUGGUUAUGUGAUUCUCUGAAAAUGUGACACUAAAAUGUUAACACUAGUGCAAAAACUGCUGCCUUAAGCUUUUGCAGUCAAGCACAAAUAAAAUUCUUGAUAUUUCUUACAAAAAUUCUUAAGCGGUCUCUAUGUUAAUUUGGAUGGAGCAGAAUCGGGCACUUAGCAACUGCCAUUCAUUUUGUUCUCAAAUAAAAGGUUAUUUAUCAUCAAUUGAUUUAAAGUGCAGCUGCUAGGUCAGGCAAAAUAUAUAUUUGUGGUUAUAAUAUUCCAAUAUUCAGUUCCCCCCCAUACACCACUAAGCACUGUUUAAACUGAAAUGAGCUGUAAAUCUGUUUCUGCCUUUCACCAUGCUGCUAUACAUGGAUUUUAAAAAAAAAUAAUAAUCAAUGUUUCUUUUAUUCUCUGUACUGUACAAAUCUCUAUAAUUUCUGUAAAAUAAAAAAUUCUGAGAAAGAAAUAAAUGUGGAGAGAAAAUAA